UAUUUUUUUGUUUGCAGAAAUCUUGUAUUUUUGCCGAGCUGCUGAACUGUCAAUCAUCUUACUAUGCCGCUGAACUCUAAGUGAUCUCAGUACUCAGCACAAGGUAAUAUGCAUACCUGCUAAUGACAGAAACGGAAGACAAGGUGAUAACGCGUCUUGGAAUGUCUUCACAUCAUCAUAUAUUUCAUGCUUUCAUUGCACAAUUUAAGGAAAGGUUGUACCUUCGAUUUAUGGGAGAAUAAAUUUUGACCCGCGUGAACCCAGCUUUUUCGGAUGGCCUGUAAGAUAAAAGGUUGCUCACGGAGGCGCAAGACGUAUUUGGUCUGCGCUGAUUUUGUGGACACUUCAAUAAGGGAACUGAUUUGCAGGCAUCAAAAGAAUGGAGGACAAGGAAGCUGAUGCACAAUACAGCCGCUGGAAUGAGGACAACAUCAACCUCAACGUGGCUGCUUCUCAACCUAUAAUAAUGAGGGUCUAUGACAGGCUGUGCACUGGCAACAUGGGGAUUGCAAUGAAAGUGGCAGGAGCUUUGGCUGUGAUGGUCAUUCUUUACGUCAUUGGAUAUGUCACUGGAUAUUACGUGCACAGGUGCUGACAGAGGAGGCCAAGAUACUAAAAGGAAGGAACACACUCAAACUCCUGCUAUUACCAGGACUGUACGUUUGUCCAUAACACACUGCAGCAACUUUACACUGACUAAUCAAGCCAUGUGUAAAUAAAUCUACAGAAAUCCCAUGAAUGUAAAAAUAUAUGCAUAACUUAAAGCAUUUUGUAUAAAGGAAAACACCGUGAGUGAAUUUGCACUUUCAAAAGAGGGCAUGCAAGUGUGUAUCUGUUCUGUUCUAUUUGUGUUGUGAAAAGUGUUCUGUGUGCCCUGCUGAUUUAUACCAUUCCAUCUGAGCUGUCACCUUAUACUCCCCCCAUGCGAUAGACAGUUAUUGUCAUUGUUGUUAGAAUGGAUGUGUUUGUGUUGCACUGCCUGGCCCCGACUAAUUAGUGGUGUCUGCAGUCAAAAUCAGAUCAAAACGUUUUUUUUUUUCUUCAAAAAUGUGCUUAUCCCAAACAGUGUUGAACAUUUCUGUGAUUUUAAUUUUGUUUAAUUGCUACUAUCUGUGUGUAUAGACAUUUCUCUAUUUACAAGUUUUUAAAGUAUUAAUGAAAUAUUUUUUUAUUUUA